UCUGAGUGCUGGUGUGUUCCGACGAACUGUCCCCGUUCCGAGUGCCUGGCUACCCGCCGCCAGCAUGGAGGCUCGCCGCGCGCGGCAAAAGGCUCUCAAAGUAAAGAACUUAAAGAAUGUCAGAUACAUGAAGUUGAUUUCCAUGGAGACAUCCUCAUCCUCCGAUGACAGUUGUGACAGCUUUGCUUCUGAUAAUUUUGCAAACACAAAACCAAGGCCAGAUACCACUAAGGACUUGGCCAACAUUUUUCAUGCCGACUCUGACGAUGAAUCAUUUUGCGGUUUUUCAGAGAGUGAGAUACAAGAUGGAAUGAGACUGCAGUUCAACAGGGAAGGCUGCAGGACCCGAAGUCAGUGCCGCCACUCCGGGCCUCUCAGGGCAGCAGUGAAGUUCCCACCACGAAAUACCCCGAGGGCUGCUAACAAAAAAGCAGCACCCCCCAAGCCCUCUGAGAGCUCUGCAAAUGAUUCCCAUUCUGACUCUGAAGCAGAAGAUGGCAUGAACUUUCUGGAGAAGAGGGCCUUGAAUAUAAAGCAGAACAAAGCAAUGCUUGCAAAACUCAUGUCAGAAUUAGAAAGCUUCCCUGGCUUGUUCUCUGGAAGACAUUCCCUCCCAGGCCACAGAACCAGAAAUUCAAAGUCACCGAGAAGACGCACAUUCCCAGGUGUGGCUUCCAGAAGGAACCCAGAACGGAGAACUCGACCUCUCACCAGGUCAAGGUCCCGGAUCCUGGGCUCCUUGGGUGCCCUGCCCACGGAAGAGGAGGAGGAAGAGGAGGAAGAAGAGGAUAAGUACAUGCUGGUGAGACAGAGGAAGUCCAUGGACAGCUACAUGAACGACGAUGAUAUGCCCAGAAGUCGGCGCCCUGGAUCCAUGACCCUUCCGCAUAUCAUCCGACCAGUAGAAGAAGUCACAGAGGAAGAGAUUAGGAACAUCUGCAGCAACUCGAGAGAGAAGAUUUACAACCGAUCUCUGGGUUCUACCUGUCAUCAGUGUCGCCAGAAAACCACUGACACCAAAACCAACUGCCGAAACCCAGACUGCUGGGGCAUCCGGGGCCAGUUCUGUGGUCCCUGCCUUCGAAACCGCUAUGGCGAGGAGGUCAAGGAUGCUCUGCUGGAUCCGAACUGGCACUGCCCACCUUGUCGAGGAAUUUGCAACUGCAGCUUCUGCCGCCAGCGUGAUGGGCGGUGCGCCACUGGAGUCCUGGUGUAUCUAGCAAAGUAUCACGGCUUUGGGAAUGUUCAUGCUUACUUGAAAAGUCUGAAGCAGGAAUUUGAAAUGCAAGCAUAGAGCCUGAAGAUUAUCUGCCUGCCUUCGGCCUCUGAAGGCCCUCUUGUUCUUGACAUUGUUGUUGAUGGAGACCUGAGUAAGAAUCUCGGCCAUCGGUCGCGUUGAUCUCGUAGCUCACACUUUUUUCUCUGCCCGCCUUCGGCCUCUGAAGGCCUUCUUGUUCUUGACAUUGUCGUUGAUGGAAACCUGAGUAAGAAUCUUGGCCAUCGGUCGCGUUGAUCUCGUAGCUCACAUUUGUUUCUGAUGCAUCAUGGAAGGCAUGCUACUCCUUAUGUUUCAGCGAUAUGUAGUGUCUCAGAGCUCACCCCGGCCCCACCUUGUAGCCUCCCUGGUCUUAUGCCACCGCUUAGAUUCUGAGCUAUCUUCAAGUGGCAGCUUGAGAAUUUGUUUGAUCAGGACAUACCCAAGCACUUUGGGGUACAGUGGUAUUGUGAAGCAACGGUUGUGAUGAAUUGUAGAGAAGAGCCCUUUAACUUGUUUACACAGAAUCAACACACACGGUUUAGUGUCUAGUGUUUGUAUUGGCUGAUGUUUUAAAUGGAAAGGCCAAGGCACAAAGGGCUGGAAACCAUGAGGACAAAUUAGGUAGUUGUUGUAAACUGGAAUAUGGCCACAUUGGAUGGCUUUCUGGAGAAAUACAGCUCUUGGGUGCGGUGCUCAGUGUACACCUUGUCACAGCUGACACCAUUGCUGCUGUCCUCUGGCUUACCCAGUCACCCAAAGGUUUGUGGUAACGUGGUACCAUAAUUACUUAAAUUGCCAUAGAAAAGGCAUUCUGGGAAGAUAAAGAUGAUAGCUCUGCAACGGGUUGAUUUGAAAUCUUGGUGUUCUGCUUCAGAAACUUAACCUUCAUAAUGUCACUUUAGAUCCUGGCAGUUUCCUUAAGAAGUAACCCUGGGGUUGUGUCCAGGGCUUCUAAACACUUUUGGAAUGAUGGGAAGUGGCCUUUUAGAGAUGGGUGGCUUUGAACCACUUUCCCUCCCCUUUCCCUACCGGUGGGUCAUUCAGUCCUGGUGACUAAGUGACUGAGUCCGUCACCUGUGUAGCCUGUCAGCUGUGCCUACUCUGUACUCUGUCUGUGAUGCUCAGUUGGAACUUGAAUUGUUCAGUGUAAAUACAGCUUUUUGUUCUGUAAUA